UAUUAAUCACGGUAUCCAAUAAAGAAGAGUUCAUCUUCCUUGUGAUAUGAAAAAAACUGAAAUAAAUCUACAGUCGUUUAAAUUUUUCCAUUUAAUCGAAAUUCUUCACCUCUUUUAGUCUUAUUGUGUAUGAUUACACAUAUAAUCGAAUCUUGUUUAACCUCCGAAUCCGAUUAAAAAUGUCGGCCCCUCAUCAUCUCUCACACGGCCCAAAAACUGCCGUCUUUACCAAUGGUUACGGUUUACCCACGACUUCAUAUCCUUCCCCAGAGGCGUCUUAUGAAGAAAUCACUCAAAACCCUCAAUUUUUCUUGGAUAAACUUCAGACAUUUCACUCGCUUUUUGGUACCAAGUUCAAGAUCCCUAUCAUUGGAGGGAAGUCUUUAGAUCUUCACAGGCUAUUUAUAGAGGUUACAUCACGAGGUGGCAUCGAAAAGAUUGUUAGUGACCGAAGAUGGAAGGAAGUCAUGGCUUUUAUUACUUUCGCAAGAAAACCCCCCUCCAUAAUUCCACCUGAUGUUACAAACAGGCUCACAGAUGGCUCAGUCUCUGGCUCUCUCAAGAAUCUCUUUUCUGGAAGGCGAGUUGUUGAAGUAGGGGGAGAAGUAACUGGGACAAUUGAUAACAGAUUUGAACAUGGUUAUCUUGUCAGUGUAGAAAUGGGAUCUGAAAAGCUUUCAGGGUUUCUUUAUCAUAUUCCAUCUGAAGCUUCAGUGGGUUCUCAUGGAAGCCAUAAUAAUAAUAUGUAUCAAUAUCAGCUUGCAUUAAGGGAAGCUUCACCUGAGUUAGAUGCAGUAGACACAAGUGGCUAUGAUGUGUUUUUCACUGAGCAUUAUGUCAGGUUAAAACCAUUGUACCAUGGUCAAGAAAAUGUCAUCCGUAAAAGAAUUCAAGUUCUAUGGAACACUCUUACAGAAGAGGAGAAACAGGUUUAUCAAGAAACGGGGUCGAGGGGAAAGGAAAGAUAGAUGAUUUGAGAGUUUGAAAUUUGAAAUUUGAAAUUUGAAAGUUGAAAGUUGAAAGAAAGAGUUGUGAUUGUUGGAUGUAGGUAGUGAUUUUAGGUUUCUUUUAUUUUGUUUUUGUAGACUCUUUGGUUUGUUGUUGUGCUUCUAACACUUUUAAGUUUGUUGUAGUUUAGUAUUGAUGGAGAAAGUUUAUUUUCUCUUAUCAUGAUGUAUGAAAUCUGCCAAAAUAGUUGAUGGGUUUUUUUUUCUUGA